AUCUCUCUCUCUCUCUCUCUGUUUGUGUUUCAUCCAUAUUGAUAUCGAUGGUCGACAUCCACGGGAGGAGACGAGAAUAUCGUAUGGAGACGGAUAUUCACAUGACACCAAAGAGCCACUCCAUGGAGUCCGUCCAAGUCCAUGCCAGAAGAGAGAAGAAAAGAAACGAAACCCAACAAACAACCCAACUGGCCUGCAAUGCAUGCACCACUAGUAGUACGGAGUACACUACACCGCCACGCACGGACGCCGACGCGGCUUCCCAUUCAUUCCCUCUACUCUCCUUUCCUUUCCUUGCUACCGAUUAAUUUCCCUCGCAGCAAUUGAUUCGGCGGUGAUUCCUCAAACAAAGAGCGAGCAAUGGCGACGCUUGAGGACCUGGGCGUGUCCGCCUUCAUCAACAUCCUCGGCGCCUUCGUCUUCCUCCUCCUCUUCGCCGUCCUCCGCAUCCAGCCCAUCAACGACCGCGUCUACUUCCCCAAGCUCUACCUCACCCACAAGCGAGGCCACGACCACGCCUCCCGCUCCGCCGUCCGGAGGUUCGUCAACCUCAACCUCUGCACCUACAUCAGGUUCCUCAGCUGGGUCCCCGGCGCGCUCCGCAUGACUGAGUCCGACCUCAUCAACCACGCCGGACUCGACUCCGUCGUCUACCUUCGAAUCUACACACUCGGCCUCAAGAUAUUUUUGCCUAUCACGGUUGUUGCCUUGCUGGUUCUUAUUCCAGUCAAUGUGUCUGGCAGCAUGUUACUUGAUCUAAGAAAAGAUAUUGUUUUUAGUGAUAUCGAUAAGCUUUCCAUAUCAAAUGUUAGCCCUGGAUCCAACAGAUUCUUUAUUCAUCUUUUGAUGGCAUAUGUGUUCACAUUUUGGACAUGCUUUAUGCUCUACAAAGAAUACAGCAAUGUGGCAUUUAUGAGAUUGCAUUUCUUGGCUUCUCAGAAGCGUUGUGCUGAUCAGUUCACAGUGAUUGUUAGAAACAUUCCUCACAUUUCAAGCCAUUCAACAUCUGAAACAGUGGACGAGUUCUUCCGUAGGAAUCAUCCAGAUCACUACCUUGGUCAACAGGCUGUUUACAAUGCAAACCGGUACGCUAAACUCGUGAAGGAAAAAGAGAGGCUCCAAAACUGGUUGGAUUACUACCAGCUGAAGUUUGAAAGGCAUCCUGACAAAAGACCAACUGGAAGGACAGGAUGCCUUGGUUUCUGUGGCAGGGAGGUGGAUCAAAUCUACUACUACCGGGCUAGAAUCAGCGAACUUGAGAAGAGGAUGGCAUCAGAGCGUCACAAAGUUCUCAGUGACCCAAAAGCUAUUAUGCCAGUUUCUUUUGUGACAUUUGACUCGAGAUGGGGUGCUGCUGUAUGUGCACAGACACAGCAAUCAAAGAAUCCGACCCAAUGGCUAACUGAUUGGGCUCCUGAACCUCGGGAUGUUUAUUGGCAGAAUCUUGCGAUCCCAUUUUUCUCUCUCAGUAUCCGCAGGUUUCUGAUAUCUGUUGCCGUUUUUGCCUUAGUAUUCUUCUACAUGAUACCAAUUGCAUUUGUGCAAUCACUUGCCAAUCUCGAGGGUCUCGAAAAAGUUGCUCCUUUUCUGAGGCCAGCAAUAGAAGUAAAAGUGGUAAAAUCCUUCCUGCAAGGGUUUCUUCCUGGUCUGGCUUUGAAGCUCUUUCUCUAUAUCCUCCCUACAGUUCUGAUGAUUAUGUCAAAAGUUGAAGGCUAUGUCUCUUUAUCAUCACUGGAGAGAAGGACUGCUUCGAAAUAUUAUUACUUCAUGCUGGUGAAUGUAUUCCUUGGAAGCAUAAUAGCUGGCACAGCAUUUCAACAGCUAUAUUCUUUUCUCCACCAGCCUCCUACACAAAUACCGAGGACCAUCGGAGUAGCUAUACCAAUGAAGGCUACAUUUUUCAUGACGUACAUAAUGGUUGAUGGUUGGGCUGGUAUUGCUAACGAGAUUCUUCGAGUGAAGCCACUGGUAAUAUACCAUCUGAAGAACAUGUUUAUCGUGAAGACAGAGAGGGACAGGGAGAAGGCAAUGGAUCCAGGCAGCAUUGGACUUGGAGAAAACCUUCCAUCCCUGCAGUUGUAUUUUCUCCUUGGGCUCGUAUACGCAGUUGUCACCCCCAUUCUCCUCCCGUUCAUAAUCAUCUUCUUCGCUUUUGCUUUCCUUGUCUACAGACACCAGAUCAUCAAUGUGUACAACCAGGAAUAUGAGAGCGCUGCUGCAUUUUGGCCUCAGGUGCAUUCCCGCAUAAUAGCGAGCCUGUUGAUCUCCCAUGUAACUCUGUUUGGGUUGCUGAGCACGAUGAAAGCUGCCUACUCCACCCCUUUGCUCAUCUUCCUGCCACUGCUGACGAUGUGGUUCCACAAGUAUUGCAAAAGUCGGUUCGAACCCGCUUUCAGGAAAUAUCCUCUAGAGGAAGCAAUGGAGAAGGACUACAUGGAGCGUGCGUCGGAGCCUAACCUGAACCUCAAGUCCUACUUGGCUAACGCUUACCUGCACCCCAUUUUCCAUGUUUUCGAGGAAGUGGACAAAGAGGAGACGGUAGAGGUGAGAAUCGACAAAGCCCAGAAGCAUCAGCAACAGCAUCGUCAGGAGGAGGAGAAUCAUGUGGGAAGCUCAUCACAGUAUCACGAGGAGACUCAUUUCAGGAGCACACAUGAGACGCAUUACAAUGAGGAGAGUCAUGUCAGGAGCAGCCAGUAUCAUGAGGGGAUUCACGUGAGGAGCGACACAGAUUCGCCGUCGCCACCGCACUUGGUCUAUCAUUUCGACAUCGAACCUUGAUGAUGCUGAAAAGCAGCCGUCUAACUUGAUAUAGUUACCCAACCCCCCAGAGCCCAGAGGAAGAGGAUGCUGAACUGCUGAUUAUUUGUUCGAUGUACAUGCGAGUGAUUGAUAGUGACUGUAAAACAUGAUGUGUCAUGGCUGAACAUCGAUUCCCUGCAGCAACAUGUGAGGAAUUGCCAUAAGUGUUGUCGACUAUAUGAGAAUGUCUCUCACUGAAUUGUUAUUCUAGUUGAUGGAGGUGUGCUGGUAUUUGAUUUGGUUACAAGAAAACAGAGUAGAAGAAAUGGUACGGGUCAAUAAGUGAUAAAGUCGGUUAUGCAUAUAUUCCUCCGUUCCUCUUCUUUUCUGAAGCUUCAAGCCGGAAAAGGCCAUAAUCCACUGAAAAGUAGUAGCAAAGCAGCAGAUAAAUGCAAGCCUGCAUUGUCAAUCAGUCUUAGCAGCUGGUGGUCUUUGUCGUCUUCUUCCUCACGUUUUUGGACUUUCUCCAGCUUUCAUUUG